AUGGAGCUCCUGGAUCUACCGAACGAGCUUCUCGUGUUCAUCGUGACAUAUUCCUUACCAGAGGGCUUCGACAAUCUGGCAUUAACCUGCAAGCACUUUCAAUCUUUAUGUGCCCCAUUUGUGGAGCACCACAAUACGUUGCGUCAGAAAUUUCAGGAUUUCAUGUACAACAGAACAAAACAGCACAUGGGUAGAACGGUACGCCACCCACUUCCCAACACAAUCAGCUCGGCGUUCAACCUGAUCGCAAUAAUCGCCGUGGAGCCUAUCGUGGCACAAUACAUUCACAUGGCGGACUUUCGCUGGGACAAUCAACUAUUGGAGGGUGAAAACCAGAGUUUGGUAACGGAUCAGUCUCGGGACAAAGCUGUGAGACGACUUCUUGCCGAUUCCGCGGUCUUGAAACAGGCAGGCCUCGACUGGAAGAAAUACUAUGCUGUCAUUGAGAAAGAUUUCAAUGCGGCGAGAUAUUCGCAGCACGCUGCCGCUUUUUUGUUGACACUUAUUCCAAAUGCGGAGGUUCUCUGGUUACCUGAGCGGUGGAAACCAGAAGCUACAACUGACAAACUCAUCAAGACUGUUAUUUCGAACGCUCGACAUAACCCCGACGGCAGCACCAGUCUUGCUAAAGUGAUUCAAGUUGUAAUGAGUGGCGGUGCAGAACACAGAUUCGAUCUAGACUCAAUGCAUUGUUUCCUGGCCUUGCCGCACGUCCAAUGGUUUACAGGCAUGUGUUCCGAAGGUGGUACCUACUCAGAGGCCGCGUUGAAAUACACGAAUCUGGAAACGGUUUGGCUGUACAACGCUUCUAUGAGUGAAGUUGAGCUGUCGAACUUCCUCCGAAGAACUCCACGCCUCAAAACCCUCAGGUUCACGCCUUUCAUAGAAGAGGAUUCGUGGAGGGACUGGGAUCUCUGCAAAUUCGUUAUGACAAUCGAGCAAAUCGUUGGGAAUCACCUCGUGAACCUUUGCAUCACCCUUAGCGAUGCAGUUGGCACUUCCAUCGCACCUGGACAAGCGUCAAUGCGUGGCUUCAAGAAGCUGAAAAGGCUUGAACUGCCCCUGGAGACUGUGUUAUGCAAUCUUGAAGCUGGUUUGCCGAGAAACCCCCGAUCCCUCGAAGCGGAUGCUCUCGCGGUCAUGUUUCGGCAUUUUACAACCUUAAAGCAUCUGGCGCCUUGCCUCCAGGAGAUUCAUCUGACGUUGACUGCGGAGGCGACCAGGCUAUAUGAGAAAAUCUUUGCCAAAGUGUCCUCCAAGAUCAGUCGGGCGGGCGUGUUAUUUGUGGAGGAGGAGGACCAUAGGAUGUCUCCUUUUUCAGAUGACGAGGAUUAUGAUGAUGAUGAUGAUGAUGAUGAUGAUGAUGAUGAUGAUGAUGAUGAUGAUGAUGAUGAUGAUGAUGAUGAUGAUGAUGAUGAUGAUGAUGAUGAUGAUGAUGAUGAUGAUGAUGAUGAUGAUGAUGAUGAUGAUGAUGAUGAUGAUGAUGAUGACGAGGAGGAGGAGGAGCAAGAGCAGGAGGAUGAGGAUGAGGAUUCCAGUGAAGCCGACUCGUGA